CCAACAAUGGUACUCCUGGGCACUCAACGGGACAAGAAGAAGAAAUUCAAGGGGAAGAAGAAGGUGAAGAACCUCUUGGAGAAGAAAGCUAAAGGAUUGAAACUGAAUCAAGUUGACAGGAAACGAUUAGGAAAGCUCGAGGAAAAGCAGAAGUUCAAAACUCAGCUUCAUGACAGCGUAAAAGCUGAGCUAAGAAAAUUGCAAGAGAAUGAGCAAGAGAAUGACGACGAAAUUGUUUCCGUUAACCCUUCAACUCCUGGUCAAUCUAUCGAGAAGAAGGCGAGCAAAAGGGUAUCCUUUAGCGGAAUGGAGAAGGUGAAAGUUUUUGAUAAAAAUGUCAAAGACCUAGUCAUAAAACCGUCAUCUGCCUCUCCUGGUAAAGGUAUCCUCCGCGCUAAAAACUCGAAAGUGCUAACCAAGAAAAAGGCGAGUAAACCCAAUGGGGCUAGCUCACCAUCGCCGAAAAAGGCCAGAGUGGACGAGAAAAUGGAUAUAGAAAAUGUGGAGACGAAGGAUGUAGAAAAGCCCAUAGUGGCAAAGAAGAAGAUAAAGAUACAGGUCCCUGUUCAACUUGAUCACUUUUGUUUCGUUCUUCCUGGUUUUCCUUACCUCUAUACCGCGCUUCACUUUUUUGGUUACGAAGAAGGUCAAGGAGCAGUUGUUGACAAUGGAUAG